AUGGCCUCCGAUGUGCUGACUUGCUGGGAUGUGGUGGGUGGCGCGGACAAAGGCGGCAUUCUGGUUCGAGAUGGUCCCAGUACGACCUCGAAGCAGCUCGAGGGGCGACUCUCGACGGGCUCCCGUGUAAAGGAGUUGGGGCGGAACGGGGACCGCAUCAACUACCGACUCAUUUCCGGCAGCGGCCCAGAGACUGGAUGGGUGAGUAUUAGCCUCAAGGACAAAGAGUUGCUCAGAAAGGCAGCGCCGGCGCAGCAAACCUCAGCAGACGUCGGCUCAGAGACGCAUGCAGAGGCUGCGCCGGCUCAGCCUCCACAGGAACCCAAAAGUGCGGGAGCGGACACUCACCCGGCUGCCGCAGAGGCCAAGCCUACUGCAGGGCUGAGCGAGGAGGAGCUGGCGUUAGCGAAGAGCGCGGAGGCUUGGUGGAUGGAGCCCGCGCGGCGGAAGAUGCCCGCAAGCGUGGAAGCCCAUCUGCUAGACGAUUUUCUGGCCCAGAAGGCAGCAGAGCCCCUUGAGCCGCCAGGGGACUAUCUUGGCGGGCAGUUGCCCGUGAUGCCCCGGACGGUCGGAUUGCCAACAUAUGCAGCAGUUCCUGACAAGGCGAAGAAGCUCUUCCCCGAGAAAGCUCGGAAGCCGAUGAUACGGCUUUACUGCUUCCCCGGCGCCGCAGACAACUACAUGCUGUGGCUAGAGCUGGCCACGAAUGCGCCAGAAUGGUGCGAAGUUGCGGUCUAUGAGCCCCGAGCUCACGGCUUUCGACCUGACGAAGCUUGGGAUCGCAGCUUGGAAGAGCGCGCUGCAGACGCCUUCCGGGUCAUGCGCCCUGCCUUCGAGACACAUGCCAAGGGCGGUGUCUCCGAGGGCGCGCCUUUCGGCUUCCUUUCGCACGGAGUUGGUGGCCAGUUUAUGGCUUUGCUCGCCCAUCGCCUCAAGCAGGAGCUGAACAUCGAGCCGCUUGUGGUGUUCGCCAACGACGGUGUUCCUCCGAACGUCCCAACCCUUUCAGACAAAGGAUAUCGCAUGCUGUGCGAAGACGUGCUCGGUUUCUACAGGCUUUUCCAGCCUGGCACCAUGGAGCAGUACGAGAAGCUGGGUGGCGCCGGGAACCCCUUUGCAGAAGCAUUGAUCCAGAAGUGGUCUCGUGGACUCCGGCUCUUCGAAGAGCAUGCCAGACGAACUGCAGCGCGAGGUGACCAAGUGGUGUAUCACAAGUUCAACUGUGACUUGCACGUGUUGGUGGCCAAGCACACGGCAGAUGCGGACCUACACUUCACACAAGUCGAGGGCCCCCAGCGCGAUUACUGGGAACGUCGCAAGUCGAUCACAGGCUCUGCUGCAGAGUCUGGCUGCAACUGGGACAGAGACGGCUUCAAGCAGUGGGAAGGCUGGACGACGGAGGACUUCAUUUACCACGAGGUCGAAACCGACCACGAUACCAUAAAGAACUCGCCCCUCAUGCGCAAGAUCGUGUUCAAAGAAUUGGGCGGCUUCUGCGGCAUGGAUUUCUGA